GUCACACAAGCUCCGGCUGGGCCCAAGUUGGCCAAUUUCUCGCAGUUUGAUUUUUCCCCUACGAUCGGCUAGUCGCGCUUUGCUGUCUUUGGCUGUCUCCGUCGUCGUCUUCGCGCGUCGGUAGCGUCGUCUUUGAAUCGCGCGCGCGUUGGCGUCGUCUCAAUCGUAGACGUUUUCAUAUGCGGGAGUGUGUUGUUUAUGUUUGGACGAUUAAAUAUUUUGGAGCGGUGAUUCGUCUUCAUCGUACGUACCCGGAGCGUGUCCCGGUGGUGCACCUGGCCGGAACGCUGAAAACUGUUAUUUGUGCAUUCGUUUGCUUAUUUUUUACGGUUCGCGACGGCGCUGGGUCAAGUGCCAGCGACAGUGGAAAUAGAGUGUCAAAGGGCGAUUUUUCGUGGAAAACCGUUGCAGAAAUAUGAAGAGCGCCCAUGUGAUUUCGAAGAAAAGUUGGAGAUAGUUCCUGGAAGCUACCAGGAUAUUGAUUGGAUUCUGCGAUAACCCUGCAAAACGUCGGUCUUAAUUGCAUGAGCAAACACUCUCUGAGUGGUGGAUUUCUGUUUUAUUUUUUUGGACGCUGAAUAGUAAUUAGUUGUUCGAGUGCCCGAAGUGUCCUAUUCGGUAAUAAUACUUUGAGAAAAUGUCGUUUGGUGAUGUAUGAAUAAUUAGCAACAGUGUAAACAGCAGCCGGUGGAAGAAGUUGAAGAAAUUAACAGCGUUCUGUGUAUGGAAAUGUCAUGAUCAGAGCGGUUGAGUGUUUAACACCUGUGAAGUAAAUAGUUUCGAGGACUCCGUGCUGGGCUGAGUGUGUUCAGCAGCGAACUCAACUUGGCGGUUUGAUCUUCCCAACUGGAUGGAAGAUGCGGAUUUCGAGUGAACCAGUUUGAAAGUUUUGCAUAGAAGAUACUCGGGAGAUACUCCUACGGUGGAACCGGCCGCCAAGAUGCCGGAGUUUGACGAUACGUUCCUGUUCGAGUGUGCCAAAUUCGAGAAGAAAAAGUGGAAAUCCUACAACAUUAGCCUUCGGCCGAGCAGCAUAGUGCUGAAAAGUGUGGCAAGUUUCAGCCCUAAUGUGAACAACAGUGAUAAUAAUAAUAAUAAUCGUGGCAGUAAAUAUCUGGUGGACGACGGCGAAGGUGGGGUGAUUGUGGGUGGCCUGAAGCCAAUCAGCGAUCAUCAUCUGAAAAACGGUGGCCAACCGGAGGUGGUGCUGAGGAAACGUGACCCUUCCAAACAGAACCUCUACCACCGGAAUGGGGCAGUCAAUUAUCUGUAUUCUGGUGUGAGUCCCAUUCGUGAGAAGAUUCUCGCGUACCAGUUCAAGCGACACUCGUACAGUCCAGGGCUGUUUGCGGCAACUGCCGGAACGUCACCGGUGCCAUCCUUUGGAGAAUAUUGCGAUAACGGACCAAUCGGUCAAAGUGCGAACAACAUUUCUGCGUCGGCCGGAGCGACCCCUCGGAACAGUGGCAGCAGCACCGCCAGUAGCAAUUCGAUUGCGAACUCCAGCCCAGUGCCUGGGGGUGGGAACAACGCCGCAACUGCUGCUGCUGGUGGAACGACCCCUGUGACGGCCGAGAACGGUGACGGAAAAGCGGCGGCCGUUACGCCCGGUGCCCCCGGGUCUUCCGGACACAAGGGCAGCAUUCGCGGGAACAAGCUGGCACGGCGGGCGCGUUCGUUCAAGGACGACUUCCUGGAGAAGAUCUCCCAAAUACGGACGCCGACGAACACGAUGACGAGAUCACAUUCGCCCAACAGUCCCAGGAGCGGAAGCGGAAACCGGAGCAGUGGCAAAUCGGGCCAUGGGGACGACCUGCUCGGCAGUACCAAACCGGUACAGGAUCUGGCCUACCACGUGAGACAGGUGAAGAACGCUCUGACGCACUUCAAGGAUGUGAUACUGAAAAAUAAGCUGGAGAUGCUGCCGGGCAAUGGGACCGUGGUGCUGGAGUUGAUUGCCAACGUACAUACGGCUCUUCAAUCCUACACACUGAACGAAAACAGCAGCGCGCUGAUAAACGCCACCAACCACGUCUACAUGUCCCUCGGGAAUCUGCUGAAACUCUGUGAUGAAGUGCUGCUAACGGCCGACAACGAGAACUGUCCCUCGCUCAGCAAAGAAAACGUCAAGGAGAUUGUCGAACUGGUGGACAACGCCGUCAACAAUCUGGUCAAUCUGGCCAACGAAAAAAUCUCCGACAAAGCUGCGGGUGGCACCGGUAGCAAUUCUUCCAACACGCUCCAAAGGCCGGCCGUAGACAUCGCAAGUCAGCGAACGUCCCUUCCGGAUAUCCCGCUCACGCCGCGGGAGCGGGACAUCCUGGAACAGACCUCGCUGAAAACGGUCCGUGCCUCGCAUAGCACCGAAAGUAUUCUCCGUGAUUCUAGUCCUCCGCCAAAACCGCCGCUUCCGGAUCGAGGCCAAGAUCCGCCCCCGUUGCCCCCGAAAAGAAAGAGCCAACACUCGAAGAACCACUCGUUCCACGAAACGUCCGACUGCAACUCGGAUUCGACGACCUUUCUGGGAUGUGGUGCCCUGGAUCGGAUGUCCCUGCGGUCACGCUCCCCCGAAGAUAACUCUAGUCUGCUGAGUGCCAGCGCUGGUUCGCUGGACUCGGCUCUCAAUCACUCUCGCGAGGAGGAAGAACUCCGGGCGCUCACCCAGGACAAGUCAUCGUUGCUGGCGGGCCAAAUCGGCGCCAACAGUUCCAGCGUGUGGGACGAGUCGGACUGCUCCGGAAUGCUGCUGCAAAGCGGUGGCGGUCCCAUCCUUACCGACAACUCCGUAGUCAACCUGAACAACCGCAAUUCGAACGAGUCGGGCUUUGAAUCGAUGUACUCGCUUCGCAUCAGCCGAGACCAUCAGCAAUCCAACAGUAGCACUUCCUUCAAAUCGGCUGCUUUCGCCUCCAACAAUUCCCAAAUUCACCACAUUCACCAACAGCACCAUCAGCAUCACCAACAACAGCAGCACCAUCAAAAGGUGGAUACCUUCGUGACGCAGGCCAGCGGCGAAAGCGGCGAGCUUGUGUCCACGACCACCACCUCCACGGAGAUCACCAGCAGCACGCGACUGCAAACGGCUAGUCUUUCCAAAACCAUUCACCAGUACGGUAGCAUCGAGGCGAACGAUGAGGUCUUUGGCGGAAGCGAAUCCGGCGGCGGUGAUAAGCCGCCGGCCCUUCCGAUCAAAACCCGCCAGCACAGUAUUAGACGGGAGCGGCAUCCCUCGCAGUACGACAACGUGGACGACGCGGAACUGGAACGGAGCUCGCAGGACACGUUCAACUCCUGCUCGCUGCACCAGAUCGGCGGCAGUUUUCACCACAGCCGGGCCCAGAUGAUCGGGAACCUACCGAGUAAGCACAUAAGCUUGAUCGAACCGCGCCAUAUGAAUCAUUUCAGCGAGGAACCGCCGCCCCUGCCCAUGAAGAAGAAGCACAUGUUUCAAAGUGUGGCCUAUUCAGUUAUGGCGUACAUGGAGAUAUUCGGCAGUGCGACGCACAACCAGGAGUUUAUGCGACACUCGGUCCAUACGUACAACCUUUCGCAUCACUCGGGCAGCAACGAUGGUCAACAUCAUCAUCAUCAGAGUCUGCAUCUUCAUCAACAGCAGCAGCAACAGCACCAACAGCAUCACCAGUACCAACAGUCGUCCAUGUCGAUGACCAGCGGGACCAGCAGUCAUAGUCUCAGUCAUAGUCAAACCAUGAGUCUCUCUCCCUCGCGGAACGCCGCCCCUCCCAUAUCGCCGCCGAGUUCGCCCGGUCUGAACGUCAAACCACCGGCCCUGCCCCCGAAACGGCAACGGAUCAACAGCAAGACCCCGAGCAUCACAUCGACCCCGCCAGCUAGUCCCAAAGUAUUCGGCGGUACCGAUCAGCAGCAGCAGCCAUCGUCUCCCUCGCCAUCGUCCCACUCGCAAGUCCUGAACAGCUGUUCAUCGCCCUCGCCAUCGUCGUCCUCGGUCGGUACCCUGCUACCGACGCCCCCGCCAAAGAACCAAUCCCUGACGAAUGCGGCUGCUGUAUCAGAAGCGACAACACCCGUGACCAAAAUCAAGGUAUCGCCCGUGUCCGGGGACGAUCCUCAUCACGCGCCAUCUAACCGUAGUACUACUCCCACUUCUACCACUACCCACAACGCUUCCUCGAACUCCUCUCCCCAGCAGUAUAACAAUUUCCAUAACAGCAGUAGCAGUAACAGCCAUAAUAGCAAGUUAGCUAGCAAUAACCUUGGCGGAGGAGGGAAGCCAUCGGGGUCCGACGAGGACUAUCUGCACCUGUGUGAUACAACGACGGCCACCCGCCAUCACGCAAACCAUUCGCGAUCGCCCUCGGAUGCGACCGCCGCGAAUCUCAAUAGUCCUAGUAACAAUAGCAGUAGUAGUAAUCUAGUCAACAGCAACAGCAAUAAUAAUAAUAGUAAUACCAACGCCUCGGACGGUUCCCAAGUCCCGAGGAAGAAGGACGACCCGGAAGGCGACGACGACGAAGAGGUCGAAGUGGUACUGAGGCGACAUAACAAGAACGGCAUCACUGUGAUCGAGCAGCAGUCGUCGCUCAACCUGAUGGAAGAGCUCGACGUCAGCAACUAUCUGGUCUUCAAGAAGGAAAACGAAGACGGUCCGGACGUGAAGGGUGGCCACCCGGAUGCCCUGAUCAUCCACGCCACCAAGGUGCAGAAGAUUUCCGACGUCACUGAUGAGUUCUUAGAGGACGCCUACGGCGAAGCAUUCAUCACGACCUUCCGCACGUUUAUAUCGCCGCUGGAGCUGAUCCAAAAGCUGACCUACCGGUAUUCGCUGUUCCACUGUCAAAUAACCGACGGCAAACAGAAAGCUGCGAAGGAAUCCUUCUCUCUACUGGUUCGAGUGGUCAACGAUCUGACGUGUCCGGAUCUAUCGCGUCGGUUGCUCGAGAUCCUGAUGAACUUCGUGUACCAACUAGUCUGCGCCGGCCAUCUGACGAUGGCCAAGCUCCUUCGGGUGAAGCUGAUCGAGAAGGUCUCACUGUACAAGCAGAAGCUUCCCCGGGAACCCAAUCAGGCUCCUCCGUCGUCGCGCUCGGUGAUGACAUCGCCACCCACCCUGCUCGAUCUCAAAUCGGCCGAAAUUGCCGAACAGAUGACCCUGCUCGAUGCGGAGCUGUUCCACAAGAUCGAAAUCCCCGAGGUGCUCAUCUGGGCCCAGGAGCAAAAUGAGGAACGGUCGCCCAAUCUGACCACGUUCACCGAGCACUUCAACAAGAUGUCGUACUGGGCACGGUCGCAAAUUCUCCGUCAGGAAGAUGCCAAAGAUCGCGAGAAGCACGUGAUCAAGUUCAUCAAGAUCAUGAAGCAUCUGCGGAAGAUCAACAACUACAACUCGUAUUUGGCGCUGCUGUCGGCUUUGGAUUCUGCUCCGAUCAGGCGAUUGGAGUGGCAUCGGACGAUCACGGAGGGUUUGAAGGAGUACUGCGCCCUUAUCGAUUCCAGUUCCAGUUUUCGAGCGUAUCGGCAGGCGCUGGCUGAAACAAAUCCCCCUUGUAUUCCGUACAUUGGUCUCGUGCUUCAAGAUCUUACUUUUGUUCACAUCGGAAAUCCAGAUCUGCUUCAGGAUGGAUCCAUUAACUUCUCGAAACGAUGGCAACAAUACCACAUAGUGGUCAACAUGAAGCGUUUCAAGAAAGGCUCGUACCAGUUCAAGAAGAACGAGAAAAUCAUCGGCUUCUUCGACAACUUCGAGAACUAUCUGGACGAGGACGCCAUGUGGCAGAUUUCGGAGAGCAUCAAGCCGCGGGGAGGGCGCAAAACCAACGUCAACAGCAAUUAGUACAAGUUGAACUGUCUCAAAGGCAGCGACGAACACGAACAGGUGAUGAUGGCUGAGCAGCAAAGGCAACGACAGGAAGCGGCCCCAGCCGGGACCACCGAGGUCCAGCUCCGGAGGAGAGACCGAUGAAGUGCAACAAUCAGCCGGAGCCACGACGAGAACCAAACUUCGAUGGGGGAGAGAGGAGGUAUUCACACUUUAAUGCCAAAUAUGUCGUUGUUUUCGCGUGAUGUUACUUUUCUUUCUGUCCGUUGCGAAAUUCGAGUUUUUCUUCGCUUUUCCCUUCUGAGUUCGAAGGAAGGGAAGUUCUGGGCAAAGUAUUGUUAUUUUAGCUUUUUAUGAACCCAAAUUUGGUUUUAGGACAAUAUUUGUAUUGAGAUUAAAUUGACUCUUCGGUCGCGUCUGUUUUAUAUGACUGCUGAAGAGAGCGCUAACAAAUCGAGUGAAAUUGUGAACUAUAUAUUUUUUUAUUUAUAUCGUACCAUUAUACCUAUACACAUCCACACCCAAGUAUGAAUAUGAAGCAUUUUCUUAGGUAAAAGUAUUGAAUUUUUGUAAAUAGCGACCAGGCAAGCAAACCAAUUCGGUGUUGUUAUGUGGUAGUAGUGAGACAGUAACAAGAAAUGAACACAUGAAUCAAAAUAUCAAACCCAAUAGUACUCACACUUCUAGCGAACGAAGAUAAACUAGUGAUAUGGUAACACCCAAUACAUCUACACGAACACACAUACAGCACAUACAAAAAGUAUAACGCAAAACAGCCAAAAACAGAAAUCUGAAUAAAUUUCCUUUUGUUUCUGAAUCAUA